ACGCAGCAGUGGAAAAAUGUGGGAUCAGAAUAAUCUCACACAGAGGGCAGAAAAAACAGCAAACUGGAUCUUAUGUUCACCUGGAAGCCGCUCAGGGACCAGUGGGUGGUCCUCGGACCUCACUUUGAAAGCCGUCCUGCCACCCCCUUCAACUCAUGCAUCUUAAAGUUGAUGAACGGAGGAUCUCUCAGCUCGGUCCCUCCAUCCAAGACGACUUUUAGGACUCGUUUGAUCGCUGCAUAGAUAGAGUAAACCGAGCGGUGCUUGAAAAUAUCCCCCCAAAAACACAAAGCCACAGGUGUGUCGGAUGAAAGAACAGGAGCCGAUUUGGCCCGCCGGUGCAGCUCGCGUAAUAAGUUCGUGUGAUGGAGUGGCGUGAGCAGUCCGCCGUCAGCUGCGACGAAGCCUACUUGGAGGCCCAGAGGUGGAUCGAGGCAGUAACCAAGAAAAAAUUUGGGAGCAACGACUUCCGAUCAGCGCUGGAGAAUGGCGUUCUGUUGUGUGAUCUGAUAAACAAGAUCAAGCCUGGUGUUAUCAAGAGGGUUAACAGGCUGCCCACACCUAUUGCUGGACUGGACAACCUUAACGUCUUCCUCAAGGCCUGCGGCAAGCUUGGACUAAAGGAAGCGCAGCUCUUUCACCCCGGAGAUCUUCAGGACUUAUCCACAAGAGUUACAGUCAAGCAUCAAGAGACCAACAGGAGGCUGAAAAAUGUGUUGAUCACCAUUUACUGGCUGGGUAGAAGAGCUCAGAGUGACCGUUUCUAUGAUGGACCUUACCUGAAUUUUAAGGCGUUCGAGGGAUUAUUGGGCACAGCGCUGUACAAGGCUCUGCAGGAAACGUCCAGUCAGAAAGGCAACAACGUCAGGGACAGCGGUUUUGGUGAUAGCUGGUACUCGGAGAGAGAGGAACUCCACCAUCUAAGAGGAGAAGGAGGAGGAGGAGGAGGAGGCAAACACAAAAGAGACGACUCCCUAGACAGCUUGGACUCUUUGGGCUCUCGACCCCACAGCAUCUCGUCUGACACCACUCUUAAAGGCAGCAGUGAGGGUUGUUGCAGUGACACUGAGGCAGAUUCUCUCUUCAGAAUGGCUGACAGCAAGGACAAUAUCACUUACCGCCGGUCGGUAUCCAUCACACCCAAGUCCAGCACCCCUUUUAACCAGUUCCUGCCCACUAAAGACAAACCCUCAGGCUACGUCCCUGCUCCACUGAGGAAGAAACGAGCCGAACGCAAUGAGGACAAUCGGCGCAGCUGGGCCAAUGCCACAUACGCAGAGGAUGAAGGCACGCUCACCAGACAGCACCAAAUGCAAGAGAGUAUCGACGGGAGUAAAUCAACAAGCGAUAUCCUGGUCGACCCCAGCAUCAUCCGGCAGGUUCGCUACGAAGAGCUGCAGAGGUAUCGUGAGCAGAUAAAGCAGAGUGAGGACACGUGGCAAGAUGACCUGAGCAAAUGGAAGAACCGGCGCAGGAGUGUCAACUCUGAUAUAGUGAAGAAGAAAGAGGAAAGGGAGAAGAUAGAGCAAAUCACAUAUUGCGGCGACAGCAACAGAAGGUCUAAGACCUUCAAGGAGAUGCAAGAAGAGAGAGAAAAUAAAGGUCGUUUCAACUCUUUCUCUUACCUGGAUGAGGAGGACAGCGUAUUUACGAAACCUGUCAUUUCCCCACGUAGCCGGACCCUUCCUGCCAGGAGCUACACUAUUGACACUCCUUGCUAUUCCUCUGACCCCUGCAAGCCUUCUCCAAAAGAGGACGAACCCCCUGCUGCUUACCCAGCUACUGGCAGGGCCGCUUCCCCUCCCACCUCACAGGAAGCUGACAUUGUGGACCAUCCUACGGGCAGUGACGCCACAAAAAUCACUCCAGCCAACCACAGGUCUUUACACAGAUCCCAGUCUCCAGCAGCUGGAUCUGUACAGAAUCCAGUCUCAGAAAACACUAGCACAGUCAAGACAGAAGAGACCACAAACAUUUUGUCCUCUUCUAGCUCCGUGCCCAAGCCAAGGCGCCCAUUGUCGGGCAUACAGGCUGAGGUGGAGGCCCCUUCCUCUGGUUCCCUGUAUAAACAACACACACAGCUCAGCUCAAUGGAACCCAAGCCUCCCGAGGUGUCUCGGGUUUCUGCCUCCCUCCCCAGGAGCUACCAGAGAUCGGAUAGCUCACGUCUAACCUCAGUUGUCACGCCGAGGCCCUUUGGGACCCAACCGUCUCGCAUCACCUCACUUCCCCGAGCCUUUACAAUGGAUGACACUCAUAAGCGUGUCAAUGGCGACGCUGAUGUUUCUAAGAAGUCGUCCGUGCCUAACCGCUAUCAGCAGUUCAUGACCUCUGAGGAUGAGGCUUGCUCCCAGUCAAGCUCGGCCCAAAGCACUGAAGAUGAGGAGGAGGAAAAAGUUGAGAACACAGACAAGAGCAUCACCUCUAAUCGGAGUGUCUCACUUGUCCCUUCUUUGGUCAAAAGUGAAGCCCCAGUCAGUCCUGCUCCGGCUAAAGGCGUCAGCCAGGAGAACUGCUGCGAGAUGCGUAUCAGCCUGAACCAGAAGCCCAACAGCAGCAAAGACUUUGGCUUCCAGGCGGCCUGGGACUCAACAGGCGCUCGAGUCACAUCCGUCCAGCCAGGAAGUCAGGCUGAGAUGUGCCAGCUUCAGGCCGGAGACGAGGUGUUGACGGUGAACAGGCACCAGGUGGCAGAAAUGAGCUACACAGACUGGAAGUCCUGCAUGGAGGAGGCUCUGCAGGAGGGCAGACUGGUCAUGGAUAUACGCCGUCAUGGCAAGAACAACUGGAACAGAGAUCCACCUUCCCUGCCAUUUAAAAGCCAUAAGACCAUCAAUCUUACCAGUACGGAUCAUCCAAUACUUCUAGGUUCUGCUGACGCAAACACUAUCAACUCCAGCCUGGAUUUCACCUCACUGGUGCCACCCAAAGAGGGCCCCACCCACCCAGUCAUCGAUGGGGCUUCAAAUGGAGUUAAUGGAGGUUUCCGUGAGGAGUCGGUGAUCAUGAGGAACAAAGAGUCAGAAACCAUAUCUUUGAAAAACUUAAAACGGAGGUCAGAGUUUUUUGAAAAAGGUGGCUCAGGUUCCAGUGUCAGUGCGCUGGUCUACCUCUGUGGAGGAUCAGAGUCUGCAAUGCCAGAUAUACCUGUUCCUGCCAUCACUCCGUCCGCCAGCCGCUGGUCUUGGGACCCAGAAGAGGAGCGCAAGAGACAAGAGAAAUGGCAGAAGGAGCAGGAGCGCCUCCUACAGGAGAAAUAUAAACGUGACCAGGAGAAACUGCAGGAGGAGUGGCUCAAAGCUCAGCAGGAGAUCUGCGACAGUGAAGACCAACAAGAGCCCGAGAGCCUGGAGGCAAACAGCCACAAUGUGAGUUCACACUCACCCCUCUCUCCCAUCAACCAGUCCACCUCUUCUCUGUGGGAGGAGGAAGAGAGAAAGAGGAAGGAGGAGCAGGAGCGCCAAAGGCAGGCAGAGGAGAGGAAGAAGUGGGAAGAGGAGGAGCGGGAGCAGGAGCGGGAGCUGCAGCGUCUCCAGGAGGAGAGGAAGAGGAAAGAGAGGCAGGAGGUGGAGGAGAGGAAGAGGAGGGAGGAGGAGGAGAGGAAGAGGAGGGAGGAGGAAGAGAGGAAGAGGAGGGAGGAGGAAGAGCUGAGAUGGCAGAGGAGGAGGGAGGAGGAAGAGCUGAGAUGGCAGAGGAGGAGAGAGGAGGAGAGGGAGGAGGAGAGGAGGCGGCAGGAAGCGGCAGAGCAGCAGCGCAGAGAGCGAGAGAGAGCCUUGGAACAGCAGCAGUGGGCUGCUGGCUCCCAUGGCUUUGCCAGUGUCCAGCCUCCACUGUCCUUUACAGACAGGAUGAAAUCCAAAUCAUCUCCACAGCUUGAUGAAGAUGAAAAACCUCAGUGGAAAGAUGUGCAUGUGCAGCCGGGGGGCAUGACUCACUGGCUGCUGGAAGAGCAGCAGAGGAGUGCAUGUGACAAACAGGCCCGGAGUCAGAGGGCUGCAUCGGAGCUGGAGAUGGAGAGGAGAAACAUCCUCAAUGCCAUGAGAUACAGAGAGCCAGAGAGAGUGACCGGCAGUGAAGUGGGUGAGAAGAAAGGUCAGCAGUCCGUGUCUCAGGCAGAGGCGGAGCGGCAGCAGAUCCUGAAUGAGAUGAAGAAGAAGACUCCACUGCUGACGGACAGCAGCUGGAUUCGCCAGCGGCCCUCCAGCACUGUCAAAGAGAGCGACAUGCCACCCAUGCGCAGAGGUGAGUCUCUUGACAACUUGGAUGCCUACAAUCCCUGGCGCUCAUCAUGGACAUCCAGAAAUAAUUCUUAUAGCCAAAACUACACCCGGCCUCACUCUGCCCUGUCCGGCAGCACUUACUCUUGGGGGGCCCAGCGGCCCAGCUCCUCCACCCUGCCUUCCUCUUACUCCAUGGGCUCCCUCCGAGGUGGGGCAGGAACCCCUUCAUCCCCACGGUCCCAGCAGUCGCCCUCCCCCUCACCCUCUUGUCCGUCACCCACUCCCUCUCCGGAGCCCAUGGCUGAAUCAGGCGCCUCUCAGCAACAGAGCAGGUCAGUGAGUGGCAAGAAAAUCUGUACGUUCUGUGACACCCCGCUGGGAAAAGGAGCAGCCAUGAUCAUCGAGUCCCUCGGGCUCUGUUAUCAUUUGGGCUGUUUUAAGUGUAUCGACUGUAAGUCUGACCUCGGAGGAUCGAAAGCGGGAGCUGAAGUCAGAAUACGAAACAAACAGCUCUACUGUAACUCCUGCUACAUGCGAUUUAAAACUGGCCAGCCAACCUCUAUGUGACGUAACAGUACUCCAGCAGAUUGAUGAAGAAACUACUUGUGACAACAACCCGUGAACAUUUAAGUCAACGUUGACUCCAAUGUAAAACAGCAGGAACUCUUGGUUUGGACAUACUCUCAUUUAUUACUCUAGAAAAGUUUACUCAGUGAUAAGAAUUAUAUUUGUGUUUUUUUUUUUCAUUUUGUGAUUGAGAGGGUAAAGCUUGCAAUGUUAUCGCCUUUAAAUGUGUUUAUAUCGCAAGUAUUACAGUUGUACAGUUACAGGGUUCCGCAUGCUCCAGAGUUUUUAAAUGUUUUAGCUGCAAAACUAGUCGAAAUGUUAAAUUGUGUGCAAGAAUAUUAAGGCAGAUCUUUGUAAUGGCUUUCACCAAGAAAGAUUUUGGGCACUGAGAGGAAUUUUCAAGGAAAACUGCAGAAUCAUCUUCUUGUUCAUGCUUCCUUUUCUGCUCGUGGUAUUAACAAGUUUUGUCGACCAAGUUAUUCUUAUUAUGUCAUGUGCCUUUUUGUUUGUAACAGAGAGAAGUAAUUAAGAUUAUUCUUUCUAAAUAUAUUUAAAACCGUCUGCUUGGAUAGCAUUUGCCUGGAGUUUUCACUGAUAGAUGGAGGAUUGUACACCGCAGCAGGUUUCCGUGUGAAGAAUAUAUCAUGCUGAAUGGCAGUGAGGCACACAGUAACAUUUGUAAAUAAAAUGACUAAAUGCUC